GCAGGACUUUUAUUUUGACAGCUGGUUGCCAGAUGUAACGCCAUUGGCUCCUGAGGGGUAUUAGAGUUCUGCGAUGUGAUUGGCUUCUCAGCGGAGGUCCGGGGGUCUGCAGCUGGGGGUCUUUGGUUUAGAAACACAGCAGCAGACUGUUGGAGGUUAAGGUGGAUUCAGGGCUGUUUAUUGUAUUGGAUCAGAUCAAAUAACAGAGUUAUUGUGAUGUAUUGAUUGGACAUGUUCUAAUAGUUUCAGCGCUUUGGACAGAUGUUUGCUGUGGUUUAAAAUGAAGACUGUAUUCUCUGUAGGUGAAUAUGGAAGGGUGGUUAGAGUUUCCCCCGGUCUCCAGUAAAGUGGAGCAGCAGAAGAUCCAGCUCUGAUCAGCAGCUCCACACCUCUGUACUCAGACUGCUCUGCUGGAGGAACACUAUCAGCUCACCUGCUGCAGAAAUUAAUGCUGUGCUGUUCCAGGUCUUCUCCUGAUCCCAGUGUCUGUGUUCCUAACUGGAAUUUUCAGUAGAUUUUCCAAAGAUAUUAAGAUGCUGAACAAAAGGGAGAACAUGGCAUCCACAGAAAUCUCCAAUAUUCAGCAAACAUCCUCUCCAUCACCCAAGAGGCAAAUGAAGAAAUGUACAGGGAAGAAGAAAACUCAUCAGUGCUCAGACUGUGGGAAGAGUUUUAGUCAACUUAGUAAUCUACAGCAACACCAGCGCAUUCACACUGGAGAGAAACCAUUUCACUGCUCAGACUGUGGGAUGAAGUUUAAUCAUCAGUAUAAUCUCCAGCGACACAAACGUAUUCACACUAGAGAGAAACAGUUGCACUGCUCAGACAGUGGGAUGAAUUUUAAUAAUCCGAUUAGUCUUCAAACACACAGACAUAUUCACUCUGUAAAUAAACCGUUUCACUGCGCAAUGUGUGGGAAGACUUUUUAUCAAAAGACUCAUCUUAAACAACACCAGCACGUUCACACUGGAGAGAAACCAUAUCACUGCUCAGAGUGUGGAAAGACUUUUUAUCAAAAGAGUCAUCUUAAACAACACCAGCGCAUUCAUACUGGAGAGAAACCUUAUCACUGCACAGUGUGUGGAAAGAAAUUUUAUCAAAUGAGUCAUCUCAAAAAACACCAGUUCAUUCACACUGGGGAAAAACCCUAUCACUGCUCAGAAUGUGGGUUGAAUUUUUAUCAACAGAGUUGUCUCAAAAGACACCAACGCAUUCACACUGGAGAGAAACCGUAUUACUGUUCAGAAUGUGGCAUGAAUUUUUAUCAACUGAGUCAUCUCCAGCGACACCAGCACAUUCACACUGGAGAGAAACCGUUUUACUGUUCAGAAUGUGGAAUGAAUUUUUGUCAUCAGAAUGGUCUCCAAGAACACCAGCGCAUUCACACUGGAGAAAAAAAGCAUCACUGCUCAGACUGUGGAAAGAGUUUUUAUCGCCAGUAUAAUCUCCGGCGACACCAACGUAUUCACACUGGAGAGAAACCGUAUGACUGCUCAGACUGUGGAAUGAGUUUUGUUAAUGAGAGCAAAUUGAAAAGACACCAGGUCAUUCACACUGGAGAAAAAACAUAUCAAUGCCCAGACUGUGGGAAGAGUUUUAAUCGGCAGUUUAAUUUCCAGCGACACAAACGCACUCACACAUGAGAAACACUGCUCAGACUGUGGGAUGAAUUUUGAUUAUCAAACUUGAUUAUUAGUCUCCAUUGACUGGAGAAAACACAGCCUCAGAGUUUAGACCACAUGUGUCAAACACAAGGCCCGCGGGCCAAAUGUGGCCCGCCACGUCUUUUUAUGUGGCCCGCGAGAGCUUGUAAGAUCUUAGUGUCUAUAAUAAAUAAGUCAGAAGCGUUCUUUGACCAAAAAAUACAUUUCCCACAAUGCUUGUCGAUUGUAUUACCCGCAAAGUUACGGCUUACUGCCACUACACGGCAGUGUAGUCAUUGAUGUGGAAACCCUGCCGGAGGGAAGGUGUAACUUCGCGGGUGGAAUUGAGACAUAUAAAUGUUUAUCCCAUAAUGUCCAGAAAAAGAGAAGUUGAUGCAGACGGACGGCUGUGCUUCAAGGCGAAAGACCGGUAUGCCUUUUGUGUUACGAAGAGUGUUACUGACCAAAAUAAACGCUUUUUAGGAGAGAUAUAAGUUCUGUGUAAAUAUUUAUAAGACAAUAGCUGACAAAAUCUGUUUUAAUGACGUUAAUAAACAUCACUGUGACAGCGCUAGUCGCAGUUUCACCG